CAUCAGCGUGGGCAUCUCUCCAAUAGCAAAGGCAGGAAUUCCUGCUCUUUCAAACCUGGGUCAUAUUGCACGUAAAACCAGCUCUUAAUUACGUGUAGGACGUCUGUAAGGCAUCGCGUAGUGAAUCAAGGACCGAUGGAUGCCGUUCUCCCGUUGGGUGCCUGAACGUUUGGCGCUUGUCCGAUGACGUAGACGACACGCGACAAAGCUAAACUGAGCUGUGUGGAUUGAUGGCGCCAGUUAGGAGGACGAGGGGCGGCCCGGACUCGAAGGAAGGUGUGGGCACUGCAGGGCCGCAGAGUCGACCGAAUCGGAAACAGCGCUGGAGACGGGACCCGCGUCUGGUCAGGGGGAGCAUCCGCGAGGGACAAGGGUUUGCCUUUUGGAGAAAGCAAAAGAUCCAACGUGAUUACAAGAAAUUACUAAAGAAAGAAAGAUAUGCCAGCGCUCAGAACAAUGUUGGGUACACAGAAAAUUAUCCGGAACACUUGAAGCAUCUUUACUUAGCUGAAGAGGAAAUGCUUAAGAAACAACGGAAGCCUAAAAAUUACCGUCCUAUACUGGAAGAAAAUGAUAUUGCAGCACCAAAGGCCAAUGUGAUUCAGAGGAAAGUUAAAACAAAAACUUCCAACCAAAAAGCAAAAGAAGAAUACGAGAAAAUAAAGGCUGAGCGAGAGAAGAAAAAAGAGGCAGCUAGAAAAAAGAGAGAAGAAAGAGAACAAGCUCAGAAGCUCUACAAACAGAAGAAAAUGGAAGCUUAUAAAAUACUAAGCAAAAGAACUAGAAAAGGACAGCCAAAUCUCAAUUUACAAAUGGAGUAUCUCCUUCAGAAAAUACAGCACAAUCCAUAGACUUCUGUCUUUUUUAAAAAAGUGUGAACAAAAGUUUAAUGACCAAGGAUGAAUUUUUUUAAUAUGUAUUAUAUUUUCUAGGAACAAAAGAUUUAUUGUUCCUUAUUUUUGAUCUAAAUUCUGCACAGAAAAAGGAGGUGGCCUGUCCUGAAGCAUUCCUAUUGUGUUCCUUGCUAUUUCUGGCCAAAAUAGAUGAUAAAUACCCUGACUGGCAUUGUGACUUUAUUUUCAUUUCACUUCCAUAUUUUUAAUGAAGAAAAUCUUCUUGUGAACCAUGUGAGGAUCACAAAAACUGAUUCUGAAUUCUGGUAUAUAUUUAUAUGGUAACGUCAUUGCAGAGUGUUUCUUCUGAACAAUUCGUAGCAGGUCCAUCAUUUUGCCUGUCAAACUCUCAUUUAUUAAAAUUACAAUACUAUAUCUAGCAAACUUCUGUGGUAAACUAAAAAAAAAAAAAAGUACACGGUCAGACCUGGUUCUUGGACAAUUUGGAAAAUGCGAGUGAGUGCAUUUCACUCUCAUGUGGGAAUUGUCAAAAGCUGCUCCAGAAAACAACAGAAGCUGAAGUGUGUGUGCUCUGGCUAUGUAUUAAUAGCCCUCAGAUAGUUAUGGCUUCAGAAUGCCAUCUGCCUGUAACUUUACAAGUGUUACCAAACUGCUGGAUUGUUCCCCCACCUCCAUCUCUGCCACAUGCGCAUGCAUGGAAGCACAGCAUCUGCCUGGUUUGUGCAUCUAUUCCAAUGAUACAGAAACCCAUUUUUACAUGGCACCUGAAUUUUGGAGCAAGGUUACAGGAAUCUUAGGCAUAACUCAAAAAAUAAAACAGUGGCAUUUAUCUUGUUUGCUAGUUUGGAAUACCUUGGUUGGAGUCUAAAGCAAUCCACGCUCACAGUGCUUUAAUUUUCUUCUAGUUGCAGCUUCAUGCACUGCAUUAAACGCUGCUUCAGAGGUUCCCUGGCCUACUCAAGCAAUGGGGGUUUUUUUGGCGGGGGGGGGCGGCCUACUCUAUCUGUAGUGGGUAAGAUAGAGCAGGAGGCUUUUGGGAUCCUGGCAUAAUAAAUUUGGAGAUAUAUUUUGUGCACAUAGCAUUCUGUCAUUUGAACUUGGAGGGCCAAGAUCAAGCUAACAAAGUGGAUGAAGGAUAUUAAGCUAGACCCCAUUUUGAUUUGGCGUAUCAGCUCUUGUUAAAAGUAUUCUAAGUUAUAGUGAAAAUAUUUUUUGCUAGCAGAAUAAAACUUGUUGCAAGCAAA